CAGCCUGUGUGGUGACAGAGGCGUCUUUACAGACAGUUCUCUCCCAGGAUGGAAGUACAGAAAACGGACACCUAGACCGGAGCCACGCAGAGGAGGCCAAGGCUGCCAGCAAGAGGCUGCAGGGCCGGGUACAGGGCCUCCUGACAUCGGCUCCCCGCUCCGUGCCGCCGUCCCGAGCCAUGAUGAAGACCUUGUCCAGCGGGAACUGCACGCUCAGCGUGCCCGCCAAGAACUCGUAUCGCAUGGUGGUGCUGGGCGCCUCGAGGGUGGGCAAGAGCUCUAUCGUCUCCCGCUUCCUCAACGGCCGCUUCGAGGACCAGUACACGCCCACCAUCGAGGACUUCCACCGGAAGGUCUACAACAUCCGAGGCGACAUGUACCAGCUGGACAUCCUGGACACGUCCGGCAACCACCCCUUCCCUGCCAUGCGUAGGCUCUCCAUCCUCACAGGUGACGUCUUCAUCCUGGUGUUCAGCCUGGAUAACCGGGAGUCCUUCGACGAGGUCAAGCGCCUCCAGAAGCAGAUCUUGGAGGUCAAGUCCUGCCUGAAGAACAAGACCAAGGAGGCGGCGGAGCUGCCCAUGGUCAUCUGCGGCAACAAGAACGACCAUGGCGAGCUGUGCCGCCAGGUACCCACCACCGAGGCCGAGCUGCUGGUGUCCGGGGACGAGAACUGCGCCUACUUCGAGGUGUCGGCCAAGAAAAACACCAACGUGGACGAGAUGUUCUACGUGCUCUUCAGCAUGGCCAAGCUGCCCCACGAGAUGAGCCCCGCCCUGCACCGCAAGAUCUCCGUGCAGUACGGGGACGCCUUCCACCCCAGGCCCUUCUGCAUGCGCCGCGUCAAGGACAUGGACGCCUACGGCAUGGUCUCGCCCUUUGCCCGCCGCCCCAGCGUCAACAGUGACCUCAAGUACAUCAAGGCCAAGGUCCUUCGGGAGGGCCAGGCCCGCGAGCGGGACAAAUGCACCAUCCAGUGAGUGGGAGGGACACUGGGCUGGGGCUAGGGCAGUGCCUUACAGGAGGUGGCCCCAGGCGCCCGCUGCCCAUGUCCCCCCCUCCCUCCCCCCCCGCCCCUCAACGAGACCCCGACAGCAGCCGUGUUCGAAGGCCUCUGGCGCCAGACUGGGCGACCCCAGCCUCUGACCUCUGUAUGUUCUCCUUGCCUUCUCGCGACUUCCCUCCGAUUCUGCUCUUCUGAGGUCCCCCUGUGCUUUCAGCUCCUCCGUGCGGGGCCGGAAACAAGGCUGGGAGACCUCGGGACUUGUUCCGGCACCCAAGUCAGAGCCGCCCUAUCCUUGGGGUUGAUGCCGGAGGGGCCAGACUCCCUACCUUGACGGAACCUCCUGGAACAGUCGCGGGGUGAUAACGAGCCCCGGAGCCAGAUGGGAGAGGACGCUCACCCUCCAAUCUCGGCUCAGCCGUUUCCACGCCCCCCACCCCUGGGGUGGCCCCCAGGCAUCCCCACCCGUGAGCCAGGGCCGCCGACCCUGUGUUGGGAGAGGGGCGUGGCCACGUCCCCAGACCCCGCCCAUCCCGGGUCGGCCGGCCUCCGCCGUCUCCCGCAGAUCCCUCCCCUGUCUGCUGGGUGUGCUUUGCUGUCCUCACGUACUGCGUUGUGCGUAGCUGCAGGAACGGAAAUCCUUGUACUGUAAAAGCUACCCCCGCCUCGUUGGCAGGACCCCCCGCCCAGGUUAGACCCGCUGCCUCUGCUGGGGACACCUCCCUCCCCGAUCGGGAUCCCGAUCCGGGACAAGGUUUCCAGGGCCUGCCUCCGGCUAGACACUGCUCUCCGUCGUGAGCUUCACAGUUUACACUUGCACUGGGCGGGGGCGGGGGGGGGGUGCAGGCUGGGGCUGCUUCUCCUCCUGCACCCCCACCCCCCCGUUUCACAGAGGAGGCGGCUGAGACUCAGGGGGGAGGUGGCACGUUCCAGUCCAUCCCCACCCCACCAGGUUCAGGGCAAGGCUCUGCCUAGAACCACGCCGUCUUCUACUGUGCUCGCUCCUCAAGCAUUUAUUGAGCACCUACUGGGUGCUGGGUCCACUGUGUGCUAGGAAACAAAGAGGGUGAGCAGUGCACUUUAUGCCCCCAAGGCCAGGCCCUUCCCCAGCCUCAGCCUGUUUCCCUCACCCGCAUGGCCUGUGCCCGCCCCUGCCGCCCCACUGCCCUGUGCCCUGUGCGCUGUUUGGGGAAGGGUGCAGGAGCAGCAGGGAACCCCCGCCGAGCCCAGAGAGGUAGGUGGGAAGGCUCCUCGUGGGUCCCUAGCUUGUGCCUAGCGCUGGGCUGCUGCGUCCCAGGUGUGGCGGGAUUUGAGCCUGCAGACCAAAGGUCUUGUCAUCAGCUCUUAACAAAUACAUUUUGUAUCUUAAUCUCCUUUAAAAUAUUGAGAUUUAGGGCUACAAGGAACCUUAGUGAUUGUCUAGUGAAUCUUUCUGAGGCCCAGAGAGGGUGAAUGACUCUUGCUCACUCCAGCCCACACAGCAAAUCUGUGGGUGGCAGAAGUGGGGCUAAGUCUGGGUAUUCGGCACCCCCACCCCCUCUCUUGAUGCUUCUUCAGCCCCAGGGGUGGGGGGCCCUUCAGAAACCGGAGGUGUCUUUUCCCUGACCCUCUCUCUAGAUCGGUCUUCGAGGGCUCCUAUAAAUUCUGUGUACGUCAUGCCCAGAUACGUCCAUGUACACACAUGUGAACACAAAGCUAUGUACGUGCCCCAGCUCCAGGCCUGCAUACUCCAUACCUCUACCCUGGUGCCCCGCUUCUGUGCCCUCACCCGGCCCCAGCCUGCACCCUCUAAGCAGACUGGGUACCCUGGCCAGGACAGGUGUGUGGCCUGGUCCCACCCGUGAUGCCCCCGCUACCCCAGAUCUCUGUGUGCGCUACCAAUUAAAGUGGGUUUGUUUCUAA